GGGGUGCGGUAUAAAAGUGAGCGUAGUACUACCACUCUGACAUAGUUCACGACACUCCACGUGCCAAUUCGCUGCUGCACGUCCACACACAUAAACAACAAUGAAACUGCUGGUCGUAUCUUGUGCUCUGCUGUCCCUUGCGACAGCUCUGCCGCAGAGGAGAGUGUCGCUGAAGCCUGAUCAGCCGGAGAUAGAUGACCAGCAGCCUGCUGAGCAGAACUACAACAACUACCAACAACCACAACCACAAGCUGAGUACAGACAAGUCCAGCAGGAGUACAAAGCUAAGCCCAUCGAAGACUUCAGGCCCAAGGUCCAACUGGAAACCACUACUUUUGUCCCCAUCAUUCGCUUCGACAAGGAGCAAGGCACUGACGGAAGCUACAAGACUGCUUAUGAAACCGGCAACAACAUCCAUGCUUCCGAAGAAGGUUACUUGAAGACUCUUGGUGAAGGCCAGAACGCUUUGGUCCAGCAAGGUUCCUACUCCUACACCGCUCCUGACGGUCAGAUCAUUACCGUUGACUACACCGCUGACGAGUUCGGAUUCAGGGUCAGUGGUGACCACAUCCCCACCCCUCCUCCCGUCUCUCCCGAAAUCCAGAAAGGUCUGGACUUGAUCUACGCUGGAAUUAAAGCCAAUGCUGAGCGUGCCGCCCUCGAAGCUAAGAACGACCCUGAGGCUGCCAGAAAACAGCAAGACAGAGCCGCUCUUGACUACAAAGGCGAGUACUACCAGCAGUAAAGUGAAUUAGUGAUAAGAGUGUAAAUACCGUGAACGUUCUCAUGGCAGGACCUCCAAAUGCCAUAUACUUUAAGACUACAAUCGCCUAUCACCAUCAUGUCACAUACAACCUUUAAGACUUGUUAUCCAAUCAUAUAAUAAACGACUCCAUUCUUGGACUAAACGUGACCUAUGAUUGGUUGAUAAAAUUCCCGUAUGCAGUAUUCAUAUGUGGUCAUAGGCUUUAGUUUAGGGUUAACCAAUUGUUAUUUUACAAGAUAAUUAUAAUACUCAAUAUGACGUCUAAUUAAGAUGAAGAUAAGCAGAUGCCUGGUCGA